AUGACUGAAGAACAAGACCUCAUCGACCAAUCACCACCUCCUUCAGCGCCCGACCCUGAACCCAAAUCGAACCCGAAUGCGAAUUUGGUUAUCCACCCGAGACGUGUGUCUUUCGAGCACGGGCUCCUUCCGAUCCAGAAACUCGUUUUCACCGACCCGAUCCAAACCCUAGCUCCUGUCAAGCAGAAGCUAGCGGAUGCCGCCUCGAACAACCGCGUUGGAUCGGCUGCAGUCGCCGACGUUCUCCAGAUCUCCGGCGAACAUGCGCGUCUCGUUCUCGAGACUCUCGGUUCGGUGCUUCAUUCCGAGUCCGACCCUCUGGUUCGAGCGAAACCAGAGGAAGUUGAUUCCGCCGGAGCUGAUUUGCGGGAUCUAAUCCUGUUUCUGUACAUUCAAUCGUAUAAGAAAUUGCUGCCUAGGACGCACAAGGACUCCGCAGCGGUGGCUGAUCUUGUUCGCAGCAACAGCCGUCGGUUUAUGCCAUCGCAAGCAGAUGAUGAAGCUCAUCAGUUGUCAUAUCUGCAAAAACAUUUAGCAAACAUGAUUUCUCUCCUUGCAGAGCCUGUGGAAGGAGAAGGAGAAGAAUCAUUGGUUAUCUCUAUGGAGGCUUUUGAGCACCUGGGUUUUCUUGUCCAGUUUGGUGAUAAGGGAUCUGAUGUACCUCCACUGAGCCAAGCUACUCCUUUUUUUGCAAAUUCUGAUCCGGAUAUGCCCGCUGUUCCAGUCCCUGCUUCCCAAGUGCAUGACUGGCUUCUGCAAAACAUAGCUUCCGCUUUAGAAAGCAUUACUGAGAGAAUUUCUGGGAAAGAGAACGGGCCUUCGAAUGCCUCUGAUCAAGAUGAUACGAUGUCAGAUGCUUGUGCUGCUCCGAACAAGGUUGUACCUAGUGGUAGAGGCCCGGUUUUAAUCGAAGGAGUUUCCAAGACUUCACUUGUUAAGCAGGCCUCCGAUCUUAGGGGUAGAUCUGUAAAGGUUGUCAAUUGCCACGAUUCUGUUAUUUACCUUUUAGCACCAUUGAGAUAUGCAACUGUGCAUGGAUGUUCUGAUACCACCAUAGUUCUGGGAGCUGUGGGCAAGGCAUUAAGAGUGGAGCACUGUGAGAGAGUUCAUGUGAUUGCAGCUGCCAAACGAGUGUGCAUCGCCAAUUGCCGUGAAUGUGUAUUCUUCUUAGGAGUCAAUCAGCGACCACUGAUUGUUGGCGAUAACCACAAACUGCAGGUGGCUCCAUAUAAUACAUACUACUCUCAUUUGGAGGAGCACAUGAGUGAGGUAGGGGUUGAGCCAACUAUCAACAAAUGGGACAAACCGUUGGCACUGGGAGCAGUGGAUCCACAUGACUCACUGUCACAUCCUGCCGGUGUCGCUGAUGCACAGGCGGAAUCGGCUGCUUGUGUAGACCCUGACCAGUUCAUUAACUUUUUGAUCCCAAACUGGUUUAGCGGCGAGGAGAUUGGUUCGACGAAAGACAAUCCAUUUCCAUUGCCAGAUGCUUAUAUGUCAGCUCAGCAGAGAAACCUUAUAAACUUUGAAGAAACAAGACGAUCGCUGAGAGAAGCGCCUCUGGAAGAAAACCGGAAAAAGGAGCUAUCGAGCGCACUCCAUGUGUAUUUCAAAGACUGGCUAUAUGCAAGUGGAAAUAUAAGGCAACUCUACUGCCUACAAGGUGACUAA